UAUCUUCUUGAGCUUUCCCGCCUUGACGCCUUUGACGUGGACGGGCAGAUUGGAUCGCGCAGAAGCGAACCACUACUGUGGACUACCUGGUUAUUUACUUAUUUAUUUAUUUAUUUGUUUACCUGAUACCAGCUAAUACAUAGUAAUCUGCAGGCUGCAGUCUGCAGGCCGUCUUGGCUUGAUACUGUACCUUUUGCGCUUUAAAACAAAAAACAAUCUGAGUUUGUGUUGACCACGAUGUCUUCUUCCUUUUCUGCUUUUCCGCCUCCAACUGGACCCUCCGGCACGCCUCCCUCCUCCUCAGGAGAUCGUGUGCCUCUGGACGACUCAUCAGAGGAAGGUGUUGCCUUGACGAAAUCGCUAGCGAAAAGAGAAACUCGAGUGGUUACGAUUCUGCGCGUGGCGUACGCGACCGUGUUGCUUAGCAUUGCUACGCUGGUCUGUGUGACAGUGUAUCUGUACACUCGCAAUGAGGAAGAACAAGAGUUCCAAGAGAGGUUUGAAGAUGCCGCAAAUUUGGUGAUUGAUUCGUUCCAUACUCUCGUCGAACACAAUUUGGCUGCCGUGGCCGCCAUGUCUACCUCGAUUACGUCCUACGCCAUUCAAACCAAUCAGGAGUUUCCCUUUGUUACAGUUCCAGACUUUGAAUUGCAAGGAUCGGAUUUGAGAGCUCAAUCAGGAUCUCACUUGCUGCACUGGAGUCCUUUGGUGACGGAAGAAAAACGAGAAGAUUGGGAAGAGUACGCCUCGUAUACACGCAAUCAUUGGCCGUCAUCCUACGAAAGGGAAGUCAAAUGGAGACAAGAACAAGACCAAGAGUUCGGUAUGGCAGAAGAAACGAAUACUGAAAAUUCAAAUACGCAAGAUGGACAACGACAACGCAACCUGCAACAACCAGAUGAGAUUCCACUGACUGUGCUAGAUGACGGAACACAAUACCACCCGAAACUGUGGAGCAAUGGAGCCGUGACGCCUCGAGGGGACGAGCCGGAAGGAAGAGGGUACUAUCUCCCUUUAUGGCAACAAAGUCCGGUUCACACCCCGAGCCAGGGAUUUAUGAAUCUAAACAUUGCUGGAGCCCAAGUCAUCAGUCGCAAUCUUAUCGAAACCAUGAGAACACAGAAAAAGGCGGUCCUGAACUACGCCUCCUUUCCUAUUCCGGCUUUUUUCGACUACUUUGAAGGCAUUCUCCGUUCCUCCCAAUAUCGCCACGAUGUAGAAGACUUACUGCAUGAUCAACACUCUAUUCUGGCAUACCCAGUUUUUGACAGUUUCGAUGACGAUCGAGAGUUGGCAGGGGUGCUUUUGUCCGAUAUUUAUUGGAAGAUCCUAUUCUCCAACCUAUUACCGCCCAAAGCUGAAGGUAUCAUCUGUGUCAUUACAAAUUCUGCCAAUCAAACAUUUGCGUACCGAAUUGAUGGCGGCAAAGCAACAAAUCUUGGCCCAACAUACAAUCAUGACCCAAAAUACGAUCAUAUGGAAGUAUCGACCAACAUCAACGAGCACUUGCAACAACGUGCAUCACCGCAAAACAAAGCCUACAGAACAGUGCAGCUCAGUGACUCCAUCCAAUACACAAUCCGUAUCUAUCCAUCGCAAGACACCGCCGCAAACUACUUGACAAACAAUCCAGCACUCUACACUAUGGUGACCCUAUUCGCAUUUCUCUUUGCGGGAAUACUCUUUCUGGUAUACUCAUAUGUCGUCGAGUUUCGCCAAACAGUCAUGACAGCAAAAGUGAUUGAAAGCAUCAACAAAGCAGCAGAAACGGAACGAGACUUGAACGAAUUCCUGUCGCAUGAGGUUCGAAAUCCACUCAGUGCGGCCAUUUCGGCCUCCACCUUUGUCACAACAGCAGUCAACGAAGAAGAUCCCUUGAAAGAUGACGAAACGAGAAAGUAUGUACGAGAGGAUAUGACAGUCGUCAACUCUAGUCUUGUGUUUAUCAAUGACUUUCUACGCAGCAUGCUGGACAUUUACCGCGCCAAAGGGAAUCAAAUCACAAUUGCCGUGGCUCCAACCGACAUUAAACAAGACAUCCUGGAACCAGUGGCCAGCAUGCUGUACAAACGCCUCACAAAUUUCGAAGUACUGGUGGACUGUCCGCCAGAUCUUGCGGUCAUGACGGAUUCCAUUCGAUUGAAGCAAGUGGUGAUCAAUCUCGCCAGGAAUGCAUCCAAAUUUGUGGAAACUGGCUUUUUGCGCCUGCGGGCACAAGUCGUGGACCAGGAAGUAACGAUUUACGUCGAAGACUCUGGGCCAGGAAUACCUCGGGCAAAGCAAAAGGAGUUGUUUGCAAAGUACCAGGAAAGCCUGGACCUACUUUCGCAGGGAACUGGGAUUGGCCUGAAUCUGUCAAAGAAACUAAUGCGUAUCAUGAAUGGAGAUAUCUGGUUGGAUGCUUCCUACGAUAGUGGGGUAGAGGGCUGUCCCGGUGCUCGGUUUGUUGUUGAGUUGAAGACUGGACCAAUAGACAUUGAGGCAGCUCUGCCCGCGGAAGAAAACGAUGUUUUGCAAGUUGCAAUUCCCAACAUGAAUGGUUCAAGUCCAAAGGAGGAAAUGGAAACAGCUCCAGCAGGCGGUCCAGCUGCAACAAGUGGCGGGGUCACUGGUUCCGAUGGUGCGGAGUCAACGGCAAUACGAGCCAGCAAAAGGCUGUCAAGCGCUAGUCUGAUUGCCACGGAAAUAGAGCUACCCCAAGGUCUCAACUGUCUCUUCGUCGACGAUGAUGCCGUACUGAGGAAAUUGUUCAUGCGAGCAGUGAAGAAAGCUGCACCAGCCACCUGGACAAUCAUGGAUGCAUCCAGCGGCGAGAUGGCCCUUCGAAUCUGCGAGACUCAGUCCUUUGACCUUGUCUUCAUGGAUCAGUAUAUGGCUGCGGCGGAGAAACAGCUUUUAGGUACCGAGACAGCUCAGGUGAUGCGAAGUAGGGGAAUGGAUUGUAAGAUAUGUGGUUUGUCUGCGAAUGACUUGAGAGACGCAUUCAUCAACGCAGGAGCAGACGAAUUCAUUUUGAAGCCAAUGCCAUGCAGGCCACAGGAACUGAAGGGUGUGCUCCACCGGAUCCUAUCCAAAAAUUCACCCUACAUUCAAAAAAAAGGAAAUCCUGAACCUCAGUUUGAAGAUGAGUGACACCCACAGCAGAUGUCAAAGCUCGACAUUGUUCACCCUCGAUGGGGGCUUUCGGAGUGAAUCGAAUCGCCAGUACUUGUUGUCUGCAAAAGCUAAACUACAAUACCGAGUUGAUGCAGGGGAAAGAAUCAACAACAAAGCCACGAUGAUUUUAUUUUAUAG